GAAUCGUUACUUAGGGCCACAGAAAAACGUUACUUAGGGCCACAGAAUUGUUACUUAGGGACAGACACAGAAUUGUUAGUGAGGGACACAGAUUUGUUACUGAGGGCCACAGAAUCAUUACUUAGGGCCACAGAAACGUUACUUAGGGGCACAGAAUUGUUACUUAGGGACACAGAAUUGUUAUUGAGGGACACAGAAUUGUUACUGAGGGCCACAGAAACGUUACUUAGGGCCACAGAAACGUUACUUAGGGCCACAGAAUUGUUACUCAGGGACAGACACAGAAUUGUUAUUGAGGGACACAGAAUUGUUACUAAGGGCCACAGAAACGUUACUUAGGGCCACAGAAACGUUACUUAGGGCCACAGAAACGUUACUUAGGGACACAGAAUUGUUACUCAGGGACAGACAGAAUUGUUACUGAGGGAUACAGAAUUGUUACUGAGG